AUGAAUCUUAUCUCUCAGUUACACUAUGAUCAUCAAGUGCUUCUGGAUUACCUUAUUUCGAAAGAUAUAGGAAUAAGUUGCGCCGAGUAUCUUUUAAGGUGCUUGCGCACAAUUUGCGGUUCCUGGCACUUUUUUGUACAGUUCUCAGCAAAUGGGCAUUAUGAGAAUCAAUUAUCUUACAAGAAAAGAAAAUUUUUAUGGGACAACUCAACUGAUCAUGAUUUGGAUUCUUCAGUACCUGAGGAUAAAUGUGUGGAGGGAUUUGCCGAAGGGUCGAAAUCUGGUGGUAAGCAAUAUUGCCUUGCAGUAAAACCAUACAAGAAAGCCAGAGAGUGUUUGCUAUCACUUAGAGUUUCUGUUGAAAGUCUCCAUAACAAGAAUUUGUUUCCUUACAAUCCUAAAGUUCUCUUGAAAAGAUUAUGGAGAUUUGAGGAGCUCUGUCUUGAGGAAGAUAAACAGCUCCUCUAAAAGAAUAAAGAAACAAAAUAGAAGUGCAAGCAGCAAGAGUGUUAGCAGUAUUAUCCUCUAAUAUUAAGGUUUCGACAAAAACAAGAUCUUGUGUGAGAUUAUCAUGAAUAGUUUAUUAAUGGUCCCAAGUCCCAUGGACUUUUAUUUUCUUUUGACUAAGAAUGCCACCAUACCAAGCUGCCAACAUGACAUUUUUGAGGCUCUAUGGGCAUGAUUAAAAAGUAUUAUCGCACCUAUUUGAAAUGUACCAGUUGAAGAUAUCUGCGGGGACCAUAUUAUGAGUGAUUUCUUUGUUAUAAAAGGCUGGACCCAAUGACGAAUGACAUAUAGCAAUAAAAGUCCAAAGACACAUCAGGAGAUGGAAAACAAAGGAACACAUUUUGUGCUGGUUCAUGGAGCUUGUCAUGGAGCAUGGUGUUGGUAUAAGGUGGUGGCUCUACCUAAGUCAAAAGGCCACAAAAUCACAACUUUGGACCUUGCCUCCUCCGGCAUCCACCCAAAGCCGAUUCAUGAAAUCAAGUCAAUCUCUGACUACGUUGAGCCACUGAUGGAUUUCAUGGCAUCCCUACCCCCAGAGGAGAGGGUCAUUCUGGUGGGUCACAGCGUGGGUGGAGCAUGCAUAUCUGUUGCUAUGGAAAGGUUCCCUGAGAAAAUUUCUGUGGCUGUUUUCGCCACAGCAUCUAUGCCUGGUCUUGACUUGAGCUUCUCCAUUAUAAAUGAAAAGUAUGGUCAAAGUUUGGACUCUUACUUGGACUCAGAAUUUACAUUUGAUAAAGGGCCUGGUCAUCCUCCAACCACCAUAGUCUUUGGGCCCAAAUUUAUGGAAUCCAAAUUGUAUCAGCUCUCCCCACCAGAGGAUUUAGUUCUUGGGAUGUCAUUGAUUCGACCAAUCAAUCUCUCAGUCACCAUAUUAUCACCAGAAGACCAACCGUCCAAAGAGAAGUAUGGAUCAGUCAAUAGAGUCUUCAUCCUUUGUGACCAAGACAAUGUGAUCAAGCCCAGUUUCCAGGAGUGGAUGAUCCAGAACAACCCACCUGAUGAGGUCAAGGUGAUCAAUGGUUCAGAUCAUAUGGUCAUGUUCUCCAAACCAGAGGACCUCACUUGCUGCCUCCAGGAGAUUGCUCAGAAAUUCUCUUAAAAGAAUUCAAUCUGUGUGUUUGUAAUUACGUAUAUUUAUCUGUACUUUACUAUGCUAUGCAUGCAUGGAUCAAAUAACAAGGUCAUAGAAAGAAAUUUGAAAA